UUGUCGGAAAAAGACUUAACAUUUGUACUUGUAACGGCGCCAUUUCAAGUACAAAAAAAAUCCGUAUCGACAGCACGAAAAUGUCCGCGUUUCAGAGGGAAGCUCUUGUGUGUUUUCUAUUUUUGUUUAUUGUGUCGUUGUGUAUCACCUAUGUUCAACCAUUCGUUGUAGAUGGUAAAACAGAGGAUGUGAAUAAAACUAGUGAUUUGUUCGAGACAAUCAAAACGGAUAUUGACAACGUACUCACACGAAAUGGAUUAAAUUUAAACGAAUUACAAGAAGCUGAUGGCCGGCAGAUCGGCGGUGGUGGUGGUCAUCAUGGUGGUGGUUUCGGUGGUGGCAAGAAGAAGAACAAACACAUGGCUUUUCGACGUAUUUUAUAUCCGGUUUUGAUGGGGCUUUUCAUUGCCAAAAUAAUUAUUUUUCCGCUUCUACUGAAAGCUCUAACAAUUAUGUCGAGCGCAUCGUUUGUACUUAGCAAAAUGUCACUGUUGUCGACGAUAAUGCUUGGCUUUAAGUGGUUCCUCACUCAACAUGCCACACAACCGCAACAGGAAUCGAAAGUUGAGGUAGUUCAUGUGCCGUUACGUAAAUAUCAAAAUCAGCAUACCGAAUGGGACAGAGAAACCGACAAGUACAGCAUACCAAUGAUGAACGAAAGCAAUGACAACUACUACAACGACCUCAAACCAACCACUUAUGUUAAAUAGGAUAAGAUAUUUAUUUUCUAUAUAUUGAAUAAAACAAAAAUUUAUUUGAA